AUGGCGUCUUCUAUGACUGCCAGGCCGUUGGUCAGGCAGAGGGAUGAUGGAUUACAGUUAAGUUACCAGCUCCCUCACCGCGUCCACGUUGCCAAGGGCUAUCCACUGCUUGCCCCAAACGGCUCGUCGAUUAUACUCUACGGAUAUGAAAAUGGAAUCAGGGUCACUUGGCGAGGAGGGAAACCGUUUGGUCAGAGGAAAGAGUCGGUUUCGGAAGAGAAUCCCAAGGCCAAAGCUACGGCAGCCAACGACGAUGUAGUGAUGAUCAUCGACUCGGACGAGGAGGACACAUCGGCAGCGCCACCGAGACCACAGCAGCAGACACAGCGACCGACCUACGAGUUUCUCGAAGAGGAGACUGAGGUUGAUCCCACACAUCCGUACGAAGACAUUAUCCGUCAGAUUGACAUCCCCCUGGGAAGUCGCGUGCUGGACCUGGCCGUCCCGCCCGUUCUCCCUGCGACAGCACGCUCUGCGCUAGAUCCGUUCCCCUCAAUCUUGUCCGAGAUGAUUGUUGUGGCGGCGGUUUGUGCCGACUAUUCGACUCGGGUCGUGGCGUUGCCACUCGUUCCACCACAUCCUGAGGAAACAGAGGGUGCGUGGGGAGCCCAGACUCUCUCUAUCAACGGGAUCUUCUCUCAUCAGGAGAUCCCCAAGGGAGUUGCCAUAACUUUCACCUGCGAGGAAGACGUAGAGGAUGCAAGCCAGUGGGAUCUGCUUGUGGCGACUCAUUCUGCCGAAGCGUCCGGCAAGCUGCUGAUUUACCGGAUUCCCAUUAUUGAAGGAUCGGCGGGUGCAAAUAAGGUGUAUACGCUGUCCGAGGAUGGUAUUCAACCCAUCCAGCGGAGCUACAUGCCCGCGCCGGCGGAGAAUAUCGUGUUCAACCCGUCCCCGUACCCGUCGAAACGCCACUCCACCCUGCUAGCAUCUUUCAGUAGCGGGUGCGUCAAGGUCUAUUCCUGCCUGUCUGCCAGGUCUUCCAGAAGCACCCGAACAGGGUCAAGCGCCCCCAAAUCCAAUGCUGAAGCAGUGGAACCGGAAGGCAAAUGGCUCAUUUCUCUCUACACUGGAUUUGAGCAGCCUGGGUCUGGUCCGGUACGCCGCAAGGCUGUCAUCCAUGCCGAAUGGGUCCUAGGGGGUCGCGCUGUCAUGGUCUUGAUGGCGGACGGAGAGUGGGGGGUGUGGGAUCUCGAGGGAGCCGGUCCGGGGAGUGUCAAGGGACCGCUACACCGCCAGUCGAGUGUGCAAGGGAUCACCGGUGGCUCGCUGACAGCCUUCUCGGUGACUGGACGUAUCCUCGGUUCGCCGUCUGCGUCUGGAAAGCCAUCAUCCGAUGGACGCAGCACCUCCAGCACGGAGCAGCGGCCGAGGUUCGCGCCCAUGACUCCCUCGACGAAACGGAUCCGCGAAGACGGGCUGCUUAAGGGGUCUAGUAUGGUUGCGCCUAGCAGGUCUCUUACCGGACAGAUCUCUGUACACCAGACAAACACGACCCGAGACUCUCUACCAGAAGAGGCUAUCCUAUUCCGCCACGGCGACCAGAGUGCGAUCGUCCCCAGCCUGCUGUCCCUGUGGCGCAACGCCACCAAAGCCAUGGGCACGUUUGACUCCUCGAAUCGAUGCCGAGUGUCUGCCAUCCCCGACGUGCAGCUGAUGGGCGAGAAGCUCAAGGGCAUCUGCCAUCUUCCUGUUGCGCAGAGCAAAGCCCGGAAGGCGCCCGGACAAAAGACCUUUGAUAUCCUCAUCACGGCCGAGCACUGGGUCAUGAUCCUUGCCCCCCGCCUCGCUGAACCGGAAACCACCGCCAGGACCCUCUCCCCACGUCUAUCUGAGCAGCCCACCGCCGAGACGGACCAGCUCAUGUUACGUCGAGGCGAGCUGGACGUCGAUGGGAUGGACCGACUGUUGUCCGGCAUGGCAGGCGGCGCUCGGUCCCUGCGGAUCGCCAGUCCGACCAAAAAGGCACGCAUCUUUGCAUGAUAUCGUAUCCCUAUCUAAUCGAUACCCUUUGUCUUAUUUUUCCCCUUUCUUUCUUUCUUUCUUUUUUUUUCUUUCUUCUCUGCUUUUAUUCUCUUUACAAACAUCGCGCUGCAAGGUGGAGCGCAAGGCGAGAUCCAUGCCUUGAAAUUCCUGUCUCAAGCAGGAAUAAGCUCUGUAUCGGCUGCGAGAUAUCAAUGGCUUUUUCUCGUCUCUAGUAAGCCUUGCUUCUAGAGCAACGAAGAGCCUCCCACCUACCUAUCUUUCCAACAAGCCUCGCCGGCUUGUCCCUGCCUGUCAUGCGCUAUUGCUCGUCCUGAUCAGUCGUUGCAGGAGCCAGUCUAUUCACCAUAUCCGUGUGAUUCUACGACUGAGACAUUCACAUCAGGGCGAUUCAUCCGCCAUACAGGCCGAGACGUGGGACAUCAAACCGUAA